AUGGCACACGUCUUUCUGUAUGACUGGCACUGGGAUAGACUGGCUGUCGAGGCAUCACCUCGUUGUGACUGGCGUGUUUGCUGUAGAUCCGGUAAUCUGUCCAUCCCCACGUCUACCUACAUCGCCCUCUCCAUCUACCUCUCAAUCUCCCUCUCCUUCUUCCAUUCCAUCUUUCUUCCCCUCACCUCCAUUAUCUCUCUCUCUCUCUCUCUUCCUUUAAGUCUUUCUGCACUAGCCAAAACGGGUGAGAAAAUUUGA